AUGAAGAAACACUCGACCACUAAACGUCGACACGUACCCCUUCUCCAGCUGCUCGACGAACGGCAGCAGGCUCUUGGGGAAAGCGUCGAGCACGGGGUACGCGGGGUUGGCGAAUGCUGUAGAAGUGAGUGCUUGGACGGACGUCUUGAGUUCCGCGAGCAUUCCGGGGACCUCGUGGGUGAAGUGUUUUUGCGUGGACAGGUGGGAGAGGAGGGUGGAGAGAUGGGAGUGGAUGAUGGAGACAGCGGUGGAUUGGGGAUUCUCAGUGGGAUCAACUGUUGCUGGGGAUGCCGGCGGUGUCAUGACUUCAAUCUCAGUAUAUGUUAG